AAAAAAAAAAAAAAAAAAGAGAAAGAAGAACGAGUGACCAAAGGUGGGACAAAGGAUAGGGGUAGGGACGAAGAGGAUACCAGAAAGAAGGCGAGUAUGUCUCUGUUCACAAUGAUUGGAUCAAGUUCAAGGGGAAGGGGCUUCACUCUCAUAUAUGCUCGAACCACGCACCUUGAACAAGCACUUCGUGCCUGUGACACGUUGCCCAAGGAUAUAAAAAGUUGGAGAGCUAAAGGAAACUUGAAAAAAAAAAUAUUUACGGAAGAGGCUGAAUUACGAAGAAGAACGGGAAGGAAUUUGAAGUCAACGUAUACCGAGUACGUUUACAUACAUAGGACGCGUACGUAAGAAGAAAAAAACACGACAGAAAAAGAAAAGGAUGGACAUCAUGAGGAAUUCUAUGAUCUUAUUAUCAAUCAUUGGGGUGAUUGUCCUUUCUACCGCAUUCGUCUCGGCUGUAACCCAAAACGAAGAGGAAGGAAACACCCUAGAGUGCGUCUUCGAGGACAACAUUGGCAAUUGCCUGAGAAAGAGACUUGCUAGGGACAUUGACAGGAUCGAAAUUGAAGUAUCUGGAAAGAAAAGUGAACCACCGAUGAGCGAGGUCAUUGAGCAAACUGGAAAUUUCAUCGCUGAGUUCGUAAGCGACGUGCAAGAGGAACUCCAAGAGGAUGAGGAGGAGAUUGCCGAACGAAAAGCAGGCGUAGACAGUCGUGCAUUGGAAGAAGCACGUAGAAAGAAACAUGGAAAGAAGAAGAAGAAGCAUAUGCAAAAGCUGAUGGCCUUAGUGAUGAUGUUCAAGGCCAAGCUCGCGUUACUCCUUCAAAUUAUUUCGACGCAUUUGCAAAUAAAGCUCUUCGUAAUCGCGGUUGUAAGCUUCAUCAUGAACGCAACUAAAUUCUGGAUUGAUCUUAAAAAGAAUCAUCAGCCAUCUAAAGUAAUCUAUUACGAGCACGCUCAACACCAACACCAUUACGACCAUGAGGACGAUCAUCAUGGUGGUUAUUGGGGAAGAUCGUCAAACGAUUCGCCUCAGGAUAUCGUUUAUAGCUCGUACGUUCCUCAGGAGUGAUUUAUCAACGAUGAUGACGAAGAAAGAAUGAUAAACGAGGCAAAUUCGAAAAAGAAGGAAUCAAUAAUGCUUUUGUUUAUAUUGAUUUUGCAAUAGUCCUUCUAUAAGAUCUUUUUUCCUUCAUUUUCAAUAGAUAAUGCUAUAAAUGACAAAGAUCAUUGAAAUCUCUUACGAUUUCAUGAUUUUAUUAGCUUUCUCUCUCUCUCUCACUCUCUCUCUCUCUCUCUCUCUCUCUCUCUGUUUCUCUCUCUUUAUUUUCUUUCUCGCAAGUUCGUUGGACAAUUUGAUAAAUCAAGUUCAAUGAAAUCUAGGUAAAUCGUAUAUUCCAUAUGUAUUUAUAUUAAAACUAUUUAUUUAUUUAACUUAUUAACAGUAUAUCGUUCCAUUCGAUUUCAUUUUUCCCUUUUUCUUAUUCUCAAUCUCUCUCUCUCUCUCUCUUUCAUUUCCCCCUUUUCGUUAUCACAUGAAUCUUCAGUCGUACCAAAGUUACUCAUGCGUACCUGCCCUAAUGCCGUCAUAUUUUCACUUUUUAUCACUUAAAUACAUACAUCUUUUACAUCUUUACUUUUUUGUUUUUUAUUCCAAUUAACAAUAAUAUAUCUUGCUAGAUAUACGUAUAUUUGAUCAUAUUAUUAUAUAUUUGUUAUCAUAUUACAAUAGAAACGAAUGCAAUUCGUUUCGAAAACCUUUAAACUAAUAAAAAAGUUAUU